UCUCAUUACACACAUGCCAGAAGGCGUAACGAUUAUCCCAUGACCUCAUAACAAGAAUAUAUCAUUUCAUUUCUCUCCGAGACGCCGAAUGGCCUUCACCGACCUCUACACUGGCAUGUGGUAUAGAUGUGUCGUGUGUGCUCGAACAAAGUCAUCCAAGUCCACUUCAUCUGCUGCAACUAGCCAACAUCGGAAUACCUCUCUCUCCGUGUGGAAACGUUCAAGAUUAAGGAUUACUAGUGAUUUUGGUAAUAGCUUUGCAUUAAGGAUUUUAUUCAUGCGAUGUCGGUUUUGCCAGGACUGUGACGAAGUUCAUAUCUUAGGUUGACGAAGUACAGCGUACACUCAUCAUCAUUGUGAAGGUGAUAAUAUUAUAUUAGAUAACGAGCGUGUAGAUUAUACAACCAUUUGCAUAUGCUACUGUGUUUCAGCUGAUCUGACGUCCGUAGACCCCUCACCUGAAGCGAGGUGCUCUUUGUAACAUCGGCAUAACUAGCUCUAACUGGUCUUGAAUUGGACAACCCUGUCUAUUAAAGAAAACGUCAAUAAAUAAAUGAAUGAAAAUUGAUUAAUCUGGCGUUUCCGUCUGAGAGGUGCUUUGCUCUUCAUCACAUUAGUUGGCAUCACAUGCAAGAUCCGGAUACAAGGUUUAGUGGACAAGAUGAAAGUAGCGAUUCUCGUAGUGGAUGAUCGAAGUGGUAUUUGAUCAGAGGGAUAUUUCAAAUUGUGUGUUGACUGAGAAGUUUCUAGUGGCAUCAUGUCAGGGGGUGGACACCAAGCCAGCUUUCAGGGAUUCGGGAAGGGCAAUGGCAGACAACAGACGAUGCAAAUGCGCGGUGGGAGCAGUGCGUCUUCCUCCUCUUCGUCGAUGUCAUCGAACACGACGAGAUUACCAUCGGGCAUGAUGGCGAGUUCGUACUCCAGUUCGUCGUCUUCGUCGUCGGGCCCUUGCCAAAUCGGCCAGGGACUUCUUGGGGAAAAUGCCGGGUCAGUCGCCUCCGCAUUGGCAGCCACAAUGGAAGCAGCUUCCAAGGCAGCUGCAGCAGGCCAGGGGCAACAGAUGACGGUGACGACGGAGACUUCGACGUCACAGGUGCCGAGUCUCUCCGACGGCACUUCGCAAAUGAUGACCACCGUUACGACUAGGAAGAUGUCCAUGUCGUCGGGCGGUACGAUGGGAACCAUUGCGGAGAUGCCACCGUUUCCAGGGAGCAUGCAAGGUUCGACUCACCUCGCGUCUCCGGUAUCAUCGGCAAACAUCCAAGAACUGAACCGAAUACACAAAGCGGGAAAUGCCGAUGUCUCCCGAUUCACGACCGAGGACUUCGGAAUGUGUCAUCGGCAUCUUUCGGAUAGCGUCACCUUGAGCCGAUUCCGAUCGAAGAACAACAAUCAAAAGGGGGAGAAUGGCGAUAAGAGAGAUAAUAUGAUAAAGCUUGCUGAACGAAUAAUGAAUACGGUCUUACAAGCCGAGUCCUUUGCUGAGGUGAAUGUCCUCAUGAACCUACGUGAGCUGAGUGCCAUUGGACGAGUCGAUCGUAUAAGUUGCCAAUUUGCGAAGAUCGCAACCGAGAAAGGAUUUGCAGAUUUCUUCGCUACAGUCUGGCUCAAGCUCAAUCAAAUAGACAUCAAAGACCAGUUGACGUAUCCUGGUCAAUAUAUUGCUGUUAAUUUGUUGUUGGAUGCAACCCAACGAUUCACAGAGGUGAACCAGGCACUUUGCAAAGACAUGGGCAGACGAUGUCUCCCCGCCUUGCUAUCGAUACUCAACGAUCCUUUCUAUUCGUGUGACGCCCUCAACGGUGACGAUGAGCAAACGAGAUGGAUGUCCAGAAAAGAGUUCUUGAAAAAGAUAUUUAGCAUCAUAUGUAAUUGCCUGAGGAACUAUCCCGAUAACAGGGAAGUUUUACGAAUGCAUAAUGCUGCAAGUUACAUUCAAACUUUCCUUGAAAGCAACUCAUACGUUCUCCGGGCGAAGGCCUUGAAUAUCCUAGCCUACAUUGUGACUGAAGAUGAGAAUGAUAAAUUGAACACAAGCCCAAAGAAUGCUGAAUUUAUGGUAAAUGUUCUCCAAAGUACGCUAGCAGACGACAAGGAAAAAUCCGAUCAUUACUCGCCCAAUACCGAUCACUUUGCUAUCGAAGUCGUCGAAGCGAUACAACAUUUAGCAGCGAAUGACGGGAACAAGAGGAAAUUUGUGCAAGCAGGAAUCCUUCCUCACCUUGGUUCAUUGAUCGAUGGAUGGGAUGAUGAAAGAAAAGAAGCCCUCCAAACCUUAUGGAUACUAUCAUUCAAUCAGGACAAUAAAGAAGAUAUCAAGAAGGAGAAAAAAUGUAUGGAAGCUGUUCAACGGUUAGCACAAAAUGAAGCAAGCAGUCGACAGUGUCAGUCUAUUUUAUGGAAUGUUGGCGCCCUUACUUCCGACCAGCUUGCAAAACAGGGCGCCAUCAACGGUAAGGGCCAGACAGCUGGUAAAGGAUCAACUUCAUCAAAUGGAGGAAAACAAUCGUUAACAAACUACGUCAUGCUGAGUUACCAAUGGGAUGUACAGAGAGAAAUACUGGCCGUCAAUGAGCUGCUGAAGGCAAACGGCUUUGAAGUGUGGAUUGACGUGGAACAGAUGGGUGGCUCAACGUUGGAAGCUAUGGCACAUGCUGUUGAAAAUGCAGCAGUAGUCGUGUUAUGUUUCUCUGAGAAAUACAAGGACAGCCCAGCUUGCCGUACGGAGGCGGAGUACACCUACAAACUACGCAAGCCAGUCGUGCCUCUUAAGAUGCAGAAUGGCUACGAUCCCAAUGGCUGGCUUGGGGCCAUGCUGGGCACAAAGUUCUACAUAGAAAUGUACAAACUGGACUUGGUGGACAAGAACGGACACUUGUUGAUACGCGAGUUGGCCAACAGGGGUUGCAAGUCGUCAGGCGAUGGUGGUGGUAGCAAGGCCGUGGCUGGAAAGACGUCAUCGGACGAGGAUAAAUCAGGUGAAACCGAUGAAAGCAACGGACUACCUGCAGGAGUCGUCCCCGUUGAGAAAUCACCCGAAGCGGCCCAUCACAGGGCGAACGGCGGCUUCGCGGGCGUGCCGACAACCAGCUGGAAAGGGCUCGCGCCGGUGUGCAGCAGCAACGUCAUCAAAUGGACCAAUCAGCAGGCUUUGUACUGGAUCGAGGAGAACGGGUUUCCCAGGCUGACGCCUUGGUUCAAGGGCUGGGAUGGCGAAGAUCUCCUGGGACUCAAGGAGAUGUCCAUAUCGGCACCCCUGGUCUUUUACAGGAAGAUGGAGUCUGAGUUUGGACUUAAAAAGACACUUGAACUUGUACGCUUCAAGAGAUUAUUAGAUAAGAUUAUCUAAUGGACGGAUACAGUAAUAUUUUGGUUAUUCCAAACAACGGUUAUCCUACCUCUAUAGAUCCGCAUGGUUUCGAUUAAUCAACACCCGAUUGUGGGGCAUAUUCUUGUCUAGUUGGAGGGACGCGCCCUGUUCA